CUCGGCGACUCAGUGAUGAUGCACUGCAUUGUUUGCGUCGGGGCAGUUAAUAGAUCGAACUGUGCAAAUUAAUUCCCCGCAACCACCUACAUCUACUCUCUGACCUGAUUCUAUAAAUAUCGACGUUCGUGCUGGUUACAAGGACACAUCUCCUCUUGUGGCAGUUCCAAGUGAGCAGAUCAUCCUCACAUUGCGAGCUGUCGUCAGUUUCCUCAUUGGUGCCCGCCAUGGAUAGGCUCGUCGCCGCCGGCAUCCUUGGCUUUCUACUGAUUGCGUCGGUAGGAAGCCAGGCAGCUCGUGCUCCGGAGCAAUACUGGAAGUCUGCUCUUCCCAACACCCCUAUGCCAAGUUCCCUCUCUCAACUCCUGAACAGUCAAGCCGGAGGCACCUCGGUGAACGUCGGCUCGGGUGGUGUCCAUGUCGACGCGGGUCAUGGGAUGCCCGGCGGCACGACGGUCGAUGUUGGCAAGGGUGGCGUCGGCGUCAACGUCAAGCCUGGCAGCGCCAAGCCCCGCGGGACUACGGUCGGCGUCGGCAAGGGCGGCGUGGGUGUCAACGUCAAGCCUGGCUACGGCAAGCCCGGGGGCACAACCGUGGGCGUUGGCAAGGGCGGCGUUGACGUCAACGUCAAACCUGGAAGCGGCAAGCCCAGCGGCACGACGGUCGGCGUUGGCAAAGGCGGCGUGGGCGUCAAUGUCAAGCCUGGCUACGGCAAGCCCGGCGGCACCACGGUUGGAGUAGGCAAGGGAGGCGUCGGCGUGAACGUGAAGCCUGGCGGCGGCACCACGGUCGGAGUAGGGAAGGGAGGCGUCGGCGUGAACGUGAAGCCUGGCGGCGGCACCACGGUCGGCGUCGGGAAAGGUGGCGUCGGCGUGAACGUGAAGCCUGCAUACGGCAAGCCUGGUGGCACCGGCACCACCGUCGGCGUCGGGAAGGGUGGCGUCGGCGUCAACGUCAAGCCCGGCUACGGUAAGCCAGGCGGCACCACGGUCGGCGUUGGCAAGGGCGGCGUCGGCGUCAACGUCAAGCCUGGCUACGGUAAGCCAGGCGGCAAACCCCGGGGUAAGCCUGUCCACGUCAACGUCUCGCCUUUCCUAUACAACUACGCCGCGACGGAGACGCAGCUGCACGACGACCCCAGCGCCGCGCUCUUCUUCCUGGAGAAGGAUCUGCACGCCGGGAAGAAGAUGAACGUCCAUUUCAUGGCCACCCCGGGCGCCGGCGAGAAGUUCCUGCCGCGGAGCGAGGCCGACGCCAUCCCGUUCUCCUCGGAGAAGGCCCCCGAGAUCCUCAGCCGCUUCUCCGUGGCGCCGGACUCCGCCGAGGCCGCGGAGAUGAAGCAGACGCUGCGCGAGUGCGAGGCGACGGCGGCCAAGGGGGAGAAGAAGUCGUGCGCCACGUCGCUGGAGUCCAUGGUGGACUUCGCCACGUCCAGCCUCGGGACCAGCCACGUGAGGGCCGCCUCCACGGUGGUCGGAAAGGAGGGGUCGCCGGAGCAGGAGUACACCAUGGCCGGCGUGAGGCGCGCGGCGGGGGCCGACCAGCUCGUGGCCUGCCACGCGGAGCCGUACGCGUACGCCGUGUUCGCGUGCCACCUGACGCAGGCGACGAGGGCGUACACGGUGUCCAUGGUCGGCAAGGACGGCACGGCGGUGGAGGCCGUGGCGGUGUGCCACGCCGACACGGCCGGCUGGAACCCGAGGCACGUGGCGUUCCAGGUGCUCAAGGUGAAGCCCGGCGGGGCGCCGGUGUGCCACUUCCUGCCGCAGGACCACGUCGUCUGGACCCGCAGCGGCUGAAGAAGCCCCCGGAUCUGUGCCGUUCGUUCGUAAGCACCAUACAGUUCAGUGCUUUGCUAUUUGGGUUGAUGAUGCCUGCGUUCGUUUACGUUCUAGCCUCUGCAGACGCUGCUGUGUCCUACUAUAUGAGUAUAUGGUAUCUUGCAUCCUAGCAUACAUUUCCGUUGUUGUUGCCUAUUGUAUUUGGAUGGCGUUGCCAGUAUCGCCGGCUUGUACGGAGUGUGGGCUGUUUGCUGUAUAGUUUAGCACGUUGAUGCAAUAAACAGACUGGUACUUAUUUA